AGCCCUUGCGCGGAGCCUGGGCACUGCAGCCAGAGGAAGAGGAGGCAUGGGGGGGCCUGGCAGAGGAAAGGCAGGAGGAGGCAGGGACCCUGGCUGCCCUGCUCUCCCUCUCCAGCCUUGGGGUCUGGGGCCUUGAGGGGGCCAUGCUGGGACCCAGGGAGGGGGCCAUGGAGCCCAGGGCCCGCAGGAGGAGGCCUCAGCAGCAGCAGCCUCCCCAAGGAGCAGGGCUUCCCCUCCAGGACCCAGACCGCCAGCAGCGCUGGGCCAAGCUCUUCGAGCAGCUGGAUGCCAACAAGGAUGGCAGGGUGGACAUCAACGAGCUGAGAGAGGGCCUGGCCCGGCUGGGCAUGGAUGCCGGGGCCCACGCUGAGCAGGAUAUCCUACGUGAGGGAGAUACAGACCAUGAUGGAGAACUUAAUUUUGAGGAAUUUGCCCGCUAUCUCCAGGAACGUGAACGCAAGCUGCUGUUGAUGUUCCACAGCCUGGACCGCAACCACGAUGGCCAGAUUGAUGUGUCCGAGAUCCAGCAAACCUUCCACAGCCUGGGAGUUUACAUCUCCCUCCAGCAAGCAGAGAAAAUCCUGCACAGCAUAGACAAAGAUGGCACUAUGACCAUUGACUGGCACGAGUGGCGGGACCACUUCAUCCUCAACCCACUGGAGAACAUGGAGGAGAUUGUACACUACUGGAAACACUCAACGGUCCUUGACAUUGGCGAGUGCCUCACCGUCCCAGAUGAGUUUUCUGAGAAAGAGAAGAAAACCGGGAUGUGGUGGAAACAACUCAUUGCUGGUGCUAUGGCUGGUGCUGUCUCUAGGACAGGAACAGCACCAUUGGACCGGCUGAAAGUUUUCAUGCAGGUUCACGCUUCAAAGAGCAACAACAUGAAUGUGUUGGGGGGUUUGCAAGGCAUGAUACGCGAGGGAGGCAUCCGCUCACUGUGGCGAGGCAAUGGCAUCAACGUGCUCAAGAUCGCACCUGAGUCUGCCAUCAAGUUCAUGGCCUAUGAACAGAUCAAGCGGGCAAUUCGUGGACAACAAGAGACUCUGAGGGUGCAGGAGAGGUUUGUUGCUGGCUCACUAGCUGGUGCCACAGCACAGACCAUAAUCUACCCCAUGGAGGUUCUGAAGACACGGCUAACCCUCCGUAAGACAGGCCAGUACUCAGGAUUGGCUGACUGUGCUAGGAAGAUCCUGCAAAAGGAAGGGAUCCGUGCCUUCUACAAGGGCUACCUGCCUAAUAUGCUGGGCAUCAUCCCCUAUGCUGGAAUUGACUUGGCAGUUUAUGAGACCCUGAAGAACACCUGGCUGCAGAAGUACAGCAAGAACACCGCUGACCCAGGUGUUCUAGUGCUCUUGGGCUGCGGCACUGUCUCCAGCACCUGCGGUCAAAUCGCCAGCUACCCCUUAGCACUGGUGCGGACCCGGAUGCAGGCACAAGCAUCCAUUGAGGGUGCCCCUCAACUCACUAUGCUGGGGCUCUUCAAGCACAUCCUCUCCCGGGAAGGGGUGUUUGGCCUCUACCGUGGCAUCGCUCCCAACUUCAUGAAAGUGAUUCCUGCUGUCAGCAUCAGCUAUGUCGUGUACGAGAACAUGAAGCAGGCUCUAGGGGUAACUUCCAGAUGAAGAGGAUGCCUGCCUCACUCACUCUGUGGAUGAGACCUACCUCUUGAGAAGGGCUGCUUCUAUAGACAGCGUGAAGGCAGUUGUAGGCGGAGACAUACCUCCACUUCUCUGGGCUCUCCACCACUAGGAGAAUGGGGGCUAAAGCAUGUCAAAGUGCAUGGGCCCAUGUCUUCCUCAUCUUCACAAGAGCAGGGUCUUUCCUGGGCAAGGAGCUUCAAGGAAAAACUCACAAUCAAUCAUGUUUCUGCUGCAGAAGCAUGUAGCUGAAAAGUACCAUGGCCCCAUUGAAGCAGAGACUUCCAUACAGUCCGCUCACAUUCUGGAGCCUUUGGAGACAGGCUGCCGCAAAACAGACUUGCUUCUGAGCCAGUGCUCUUCCCUGAUAGCCUGUUGCUCUCUGCAUAUGUGUCUUCUUCCCAGCUACUCUCCAACAUGAAAAUCAAUGGCAUGCUUUCCUAUUCUGUUCAUUUCUGCCAGUCUGGUGGAAAACCAACCCUAUCAACGUAUAUUGUCAUUGUCGUGUUACGAGAUUUCAGAUGAACAGCUAUCCAAUUAGCAAAGCCAGAGACUCUUCCCCAACUACUCAGCAAUCUCUAACACUGCAGAAAAUGCAUUCAGGGUCAGUUGAUUUGCUCUGGAGAAAAUACAAAUUUUUGCAGUUACCACCAGGAGUCCAAGAUGCAUGAGCAUCAGAGGGACCGGGGAUGCAGAUGGGCAGUACCCCCAUCCUAAUUUCCAGUUUUAAGAUAUAUUUGAUCCUUCUUUUGCUUCUUUUCCUUCCAGUUCCUGGGAGAGCAUUAAGGCCCUAGGUCAUUUUAUUUCAACCCAGUUCCACUUUACCUGCCCCAAUCAAUGAAAUGUAUCUGUAUAUUUUGCACAUGGACUGUUUUAACUUAUAAGAAUCGUCUGCACUGUCUAUCUAGACUUCAGCAGUAGAACUGAAGCCUCUUUCGCCUCACCUCUUGCCUGCUCCCAUACCUUUCCCUUCUCCUCUGAGGUGAGGCAGAAUACAGCAAGAUGUUGCAAGGGCUACUGUUUUUGUUGUUCUCAUCAAUGCACUUUGCUUGCGGUCUCUCAGUUUUUUAUGUGCACACAUUGCUGCUCACUGUGAGAUAUUUGCACUGACCACACUGGUUCUGUUGCUUAAGCAAUGCCAUCCUUAUAGCCCCUGAAGCCACAAGUAUCCUGGUUUCCUUGACCCCAUUCUGUAUUGAUCUCUGUUUAUUGGCAGGCUGUAAUAUGAUGAAGGUAGGCACUUAAUCUGAUUCUUUGGAGGAAUAUUGUUCUGAAAGGUGUACAGAAGUGACAGGAUAGUACCUAGACAGCUUGUUCAGGCAUAUCUUCCUUCCACUCUCAUGUAAAACCUGGCUGUAAAAGGUUACCUGGAAUGGAAUUUACUAGUGUAACAGUCCUGAGAAAUUAGGGUCUUUGCAGAAGGCAGAUGUAGCUCCAGAGACACAGUAGAGAUCAUCUCUCCUUCAUCCAUAGACUUACUCAGUAGAACCUGAGCUGGGCAGGUAUAUAUUCACAUUUUAUGCCAAGAAAAGCAGCGUUUUGCCUAAUGUGUUCUGCUUUUCCUAAUCAUGGGCUUUGAGGACCAUGGAAACAUCCCUUCCCUCAUGAGUUUUAUUCUCAUACUAAUCUCAUGCUCUCAAAUGUCUUUUGCAACUGUAAGGAUCAGGAGUCUGCUUUGCAAGGUGCAAGAAAGAGAGCUGCAGUUCUCAGGAAACCAAAAGUUGGGCCUGAUACAAUGACCUGCACAUUUCUGCCCUUCAGCAAAAUGACAGAACACACAUGGUCCAAUAUGUAACCACUGUUGUUGUUGUGUGCCUUCAAGUUGUUUCUGACUUAUGGCAACCCUAAAGCGACCAUAUCAUAGAGUUUUCUUGACAAGUUUCUUCAGAGGGACUUUGCCAUUGCCAUCUUCUGAGGCUGAAGGAGUGUGACUUGCCCAAGGUCACUCAGUGGGUUUCUAUGGUCAAGCCAGGAUUCAAACUCUGCUCUCCCAGUGUUAUAGUUCAGCUCUCAAACUAUUACACCACAGUGUCUCUCGAAGACACUGGAGAACUAAUCCCAUAAGACAUCUCUGAAGGCUGAUGAGCUGCAUUUACCCAAUGUUUUGGUACUGAGGAUACAAGUGGAUUUUGUGUAUGCAUAAGUUUAUGUCCUGGAUUAAAAGUGGAGGUGUACAAUAUAUUUUUGCUAAAAAAAAGAAGAUGCAUCUCUGUCUUCGUGAUCACCUUCCAGAACAAAAGGAUAGUAUCUUUCUUGCAGCUGCUGGACAACUCAGGUAAUUUUAUUUCUUGCCCACCCUUCUGCACAGUGAGUCUCGAUUUAAAGGAGGGGGAGGACUGUGAUUUCUGAGCUUUGUUUGCACCCUUGCAGCUGUUUGGCUGAGUUGCUUUGUGGAAUGUAUCUUUUGGCUAUAUGAUGACAAAGAGGGGACAACUGAUACUGCCUAAGGCUUCACAUCAGAGGACAAUAGAGUAGUGCAGCCAACCCCAACUUGAUGUCCUUCAGAAGGACUGAGCUGCAGCUGCCACGAUGAGGGUGAAGAUGAGAGUCAUAUUCCCACAGCAGCUUAACUCUUUAGGUUCCACUUCAAUCCGUCUUGUGGUGGAUGCUUUGGGAUUCAGAACCCCAUGAGAACAUCAGCCUAAAGAAGAGGUGGGAAUUACAUGGCUUUCCAGUGUUGCUGGACUGCAAUUCCCAUGAAGCCUAGCCGGUGGUGAAGAGUAUUGAGAAUUGCUGUCCAGUAACAUCUGAUUCCCAUCUGUCCCUAAACCCUUGUCUUAGCCACAGCUUUCUCCAUGACUACAGCAAAAAUAUGCUGGUGAAAGGACGCCACUCAUAAAAUGGAAGCUAAAGGGGAAGAGAUUUUCUGCAGUCAUCAUUCUCCCUUUGUGUGAACCCCCAGCAACUGUCCAGAAAGGAAAAUAAUGAAACACAAGGAUGGGCAUUGUCAUAGACGUUUGGCAGUCAGUAGAAAUCAUAUGUGUCCCAAUGAGUAGGGUGAACCAGUUCCAGGUGAGGCAAAGCUUCUGGUUUCUGAGUUUCAAUAACUUGUAACAAAGGUAAUAGAGGCACAGGUAUAGCAUCCCCAGUGGCAAUGGUAGAAAAAGCAAGUGCUGAAUAUUACCUGUGUUGAGAGGUUUUGAGGGGGGGGGGGGGGGAUUGUAUGGUCAUCCUUGUCUAUAAGGAAAGGACAGGAAUGUGUGGCCUUCCAGAAACUACUGAAAGAAAUUCUCAUCAUGAUGUGAGUUGCAUUCCAUUGAAUUUAUGGGGCCACAAAUUCCCCAUGCAUCCAACAAGGUGUGGGAUAGAGAGAAAGGAAGUGUCUUGAAUGUGCAUACCAUCCUUCAUUUUCAUCAGAUUUAUCCUGGUUAAUAAAUGUCUAGGUAAGAUGAGUUGGUAUGGAGAUCCAGAGUAGAAGUAAAAGUGGGAACUCACUGGGGCAGAACCUAAGGAUGGAGAAAGAUGCUGUGCUGUUUGGUAGAGGACCACAUCUUUCUUGGGCUGCCUUUGUCUGGGAAGAGGUUUCUCUAAAGAUUCAAAAGCAAGUAGCACUUUGGUUUUAGUAGCGUGGGAAGUUCUCUAGACUGCAGUUCUCAGAAUUCCACAACCGGCAUGGCCACAAGUAACUUUUGAUAACUGGUCAGAUAUAAUCAACCAUCAGAGCUUCCGUGGAAUCUUUGGUGUUAAAUACAGUGAACCCUUGUUAUACAUGGGGUUUGGUUCCAAGAUCCCCCGUGUAUAACAAAAUCCGUGUAUGCUUAAGUCCCAUUAAAUAUAAUGACAUAGCAAAAUGGUUUCCUUUAUUAA